ACGUCAUGUCGACGAUGCCUUCGCUUCUUCCUGCCUACACGGUCUAGUCAGCUCAAACGUCUCCCUGUUUUGACCGGAAUAUUUAUGAUUUAUGUUUCUAUUCACGACAGCAGCAGAUAAAAAAUUUCCACUAUGGCAUCUCGAGCAGGCCCACGAGCCUCGGGCACGGAUGGCAGUGACUUCCAGCACCGAGAGAAGGUCGCCUCACACUACCAGAUGAGCGUGGCCCUGAAGUCUGAAAUCCGUAAACUCAACAUCGUCCACGUCCUGAUCUGGGUCCUGAUGGCAGCUCAGGUGAUUGUGAGCCAGCUGAGCCUGGUGUCCCACAAGGUGGUUUGCUCUCCAUACCAGUGGGAGUACCCCUACCUGCUGAGCAUAAUUCCCACAGUCUUCAGCUUCUCGGCUUUCCCCCGCAACAACAUAAGCUACUUGGUGAUCUCCAUGAUCAGCGGCGGGCUGUUCUGCAUCUCCCCUCUGAUCUACGGCAGCAUGGAAAUGUUCCCCGUGGCACACCAGCUCUACCGGCACGGCAAAUCGUACCGCUUCAUCUUCGGCUUCGCCGCCGUGACCGUCAUGUACCUGGUGAUCAUCAUCGCUGUGCAGGUGCACGUCUGGCAGAUCUACUACAGCAAGAAGCUGCUGGACCAGUGGUUCACCAGCACGCAGGACAAGAAGAAGAAAUGAGUCUGCCCGAAGCACAGACUGAGAGAAGAGACUCUCAAAAGUAUUCGUCUUUUUCUAUAUUUAUAUUUGACAGUGAUGACAUCAUUGUUGAUACAAAAAAAAAAUACUGGACUUCUGCUGCCAUCACUCAGUACAUUAAAGGAUAAAAGGUGGAGUCUGGGACCCCCCCCCCCCCUCUAGAUUGUAGACUGCCUAUCUCUUUACACUUACAUGGCCUUUCUACUGUUGGUAUAGUGUUAUGUGCUUGUGUUGCAGAGUUAAGAGCUUCAUUCAUAACAUUUCAACUUUGACCUUCAGAGUCCCGGCUGCGUUUUCUCCUGGUGAAAAUGUCUCUCCUGGCUCCGCCCCUAAUCCUCCACUGAACUGUAAACGCCUUGUGUUUGUACCUCGUUAUUUCAGGUACCGACAGUGUAAACACACCAGGUCUGACUGGAAGAAGACUGUGAUGACAUGUAAGGUAAUGUUUUGGAAACAAAUAAAAAUUAAUAUGUGAUUGUAA